GCGCCGAUUGGCCAGCAGGUGGCGCUUCGGGGAGCGGGGGAACCCCAAGUGCCAAGAUGGCGGCCUCCUCAGCUGCGCGGGUCGUUCAGGGCGGCCUCUCUCGGAACCUCAAGGAGCUCCGCAUCCACCUCUGCCAGCGCUCGCCGGCCAGCCAGGGGGUCAGGUACGCCAGGCGAGGGGAGGCCUUUCCCUAAUUUUUUUUAAAGUUUGCAGUUUGGUAGGUCGUGGGGGGUGGGCAGAUGCCCAGAGGCAGCUUUAUUAUAAUAGUUAUUGUUACUGUCAUAUAUUUACUGUGCGAAUGUCCCGCUUUUUUCCCUUUCAGGGACUUGAAGCGGCUUAGAGAUAAAUAAAUCUCUAAAUAAAAAUGGGAAAAGCAAUAAUUAAAAACAAUUAAGUAUUCAUAGACUCAGAAUUGUUAGCCUCUCUGUUUCGCAAGGUGAGGUUUGCUGGUUUGCUUAGGGAAUGGGGGGCGCCGGCAUGAAGGGCAGUAAUAUUGGCCGUUAGUUGUCCUUUUGCAUGUUCGUAUCAAACACCUGAAAAAAAUCCCAGAACAAGCCAUAGUGGACUUGUACUCAAAAAAAAAUCAUAGAAUCAUAGUAGGGUUGGAAGGAAUCCCGAGGGUCAUCUAGCCAACCGCCUGCAAUGCAGGAAUCUGAACUGGAUGCUUUAUCUGAGAUUCCUGCAUUGCAGGGGUUGGACUAGAUUGAUAGAAAUUUGUGUGUGUAAUACAAUAGAAACAGCAGAGCACCAGCUUUACUACUAGGAAUGGACAAUGGUUUUGAAUCACAAAAGAAAGGUAAAAACCAUGUUGACUAAUAAGAAAAAAAGCCCAAAAGGCAUAUUAUUUUUAUUAUUUAUUAAAUUUGUAUACCACCCUUUAUAUAUGGAUAACAGGGUAGUUCACAACACAAAAGUAAAAGAUAAAAACACAAAAUAUUUAAUAAAACGAGAACAAAAACCAUUCAAAUAACCCCCACAUUUUAAAUGAUAAAGGAUGUUAAUCAGCUAAUAAUAAUAUUAGAAGCAAUACCUUUACAAGGCCAACUCGUGCUUUUGGGGAGGGGGGCGGGAAGAGUAAAAAAUGAGGUUCCAAUAAAUACUCCUAUCUUGACAAAGGUGCUGUGGGUGUCUUAACACAGAUUAUGAUAAUUUGAUUUGGAUGUACAGUGGUACCUCAGGUUAAGUACUUAAUUCGUUCCAGAGGUCCGUAUUUAACCUGAAACUGUUCUUAACCUGAAGCACCACUUUAGCUAAUGGGGCCUCCUGCUGCUGCCGCGCUGCCGGAGCACGAUUUCUGUUCUCAUCCUGAAGCAAAGUUCUUAACCUGAAGCACUAUUUCUGGGUUAGUGGAGUCUGUAACCUGAAGUGUAUGAAACCCGAGGUACCACUGUAUCCAAUAGGUCAACCCACCUUGAAUGCUUUAUUUAUAACCAGCUGAGCAGAGAAGCCACAAAGCCAAGUCCAGUGCUGUUCUAGUUAUCGUUUUAUAUACAGUAUAUGCCACUGAAAAAGUUGGCUAAAGCUUAAACACAUCUGGUAUCCUCAGGAUAUACUGAACAUUACUGGAUUAUAUUAACCUCUUUUUGGCUACUGGGAAAAUUGUAGGAAAAAAGUGAUAUACAGUCAAACCUUGGUUCCUGAAUGGCUCCGUUUUCAAACAUUUUGGCUCCCAAAGCCGAAAACCUAAAAGUAAACGCUCCAGUUUUCAAACUUUUUUGGAAGCUGAACGUCCGAUGAGGCUUCCGCUUGAGUGCAGGAUGCUUUUGCAACCAAUCGGAAGCCGCACCUCGGUUGUUGAACAUUUCAGAAGCUGAACAAGCUUCCAGAACAGAUUACGUUCAACAACUGAGGUUUGACUGUACUAGUCAUAUUGUUUUCUUCACGCCUUGCUGAGCUUUAGCUCAGUUUUUUAAACUGUGUUCAUGGGAAACUGGGUUUUAAAGAAAUUUGUAAUGUUGGACAAGCUGCUCUGAAAUACAGUGUACUUACCACUACAACUCUGGAAUUUUGUUGGAUGUGUUUGGAGCACACCCAGUUGUUUCAAAAAUGGCAAGACCCCUAGAACAUGUCCCCAAAACCCUGUGCUCCAGAUAAAUAUAGGAAAUAUUCUCUGAAUGUUUGGCACUUGAAAGCCACUAUCUGUAUCCUACUGACUUUUCAUGAAAGUGUAGAAGACCCUCAGCCUAAUGCAUGCUGGUGUGUUUGCUUCUUCUUUGCAGAGAUUUCAUUAAACAACAUUAUGUGACUUUAAAGAAAGCAAAUCCAGAUUUCCCUAUCCUGAUCAGAGAGUGCUCAGAUGUGCAACCCAAGCUCUGGGCUAGAUAUGGUGAGUUUGGCAGGGGGAUGUAUGUUACAAGUUUGCUAUACAAUUAGGUAGAAAUAAUGUGUUAGGUAGUUCAAAUAUUAGCCUUUCCUUGAGGAAUAAAGCUUUUCAGCCCUGCCGGGAUUUUAUUGUUGAAGGCCACUAGCAAACACUUCUCGGACAACUCCAGCCCUGUAGGCCACUUGCACUUUCUCCCCACAACUGCUCUAAAUCUGCUCUAUAAUGUUUUCUCUCCUAAACAAAUAGAUUGUGCUGGAAAACAUUUCCAUUGACAGACAACAGAAACCUUGGCAGUUUUUUCAAAUGUUGGCUAGUAGCUUACAUGAAGAGCUUCUGAUAGAAAUAUGUGUCCCCAGGGUGCUUUCCCCCCUGGGUUUACCUUUUAGAAUUUUUAAACAAGAAGUGUUUUUUAAAAAUCGAGUUAGAAUUUUUUUGUUCACGAGAGCUGCUUUCGUUGGACAAGGAAAUUGCUGCAUCUCUGUAAUGCAGAAGGGAUCAAGAGAAAAAUGGAUAAACUUAAGACAAGAGAGUGGAUAGAAAUGGUCUGUGGCUGCCAGAGAGGAAACUUAAUUGAGCACAUGGCCUAUGGCAAAUAAUGAAUUAUCUCCCUCUCCGCCCCCCCCCCCCAAGGGCUCUUGUUUCAACACUUAUCCCACUCAUUUUCUUCCAAAAUAGGUACUUAAGUUUAGGAGCUGCUGAAAAAAUUCAACAGCUUUAAAGUUUUAAAGUAAACUUAGCUAGUCUUGACUUGAUUAAGGCUCAGGCCCCUGACUUAAUAUUUCUGAUAACUGGAACCAUGAGGCCUCUUUACUAGUACUUUGCCAGAUACAUCUAAAUAGAGAAUAGUGGCAUGGAAUCAUAUGCUUUAACUGACAUAGAGUGAGUCCUACAGCAGACUAGAGUUCCCAAUAGCUAAAGUAGCUGAGGACUGAGGUGAUAGUGAAAACCUUUCUUCUAGCUUUAUCUGAUGUGGCAGCUUUGAUGUCAACUGGGUAGUCCACGAAGUGGGGGAGCUAAGGAUGGACCUGCUGGCCAAAUCCUGUUCCCCACCCCUGAAGCAGAAGUGAAUGUCGGCUCUUCUGAAAAGCAUUUGUUUUCACCAAGUCUGUGCUAGUGCAUCCAAAAGCAAUUCAGGUUAUAGGUGGAACACAUCCCCCUUGGGCACUGCAUUUCAGUUUUUAAUGUAGUAGCUUCCUGAAAGUAGAAAUCCCUGUAUCAUGCAUUGUCUGUGCAGGGCGUUUUGUUUCCUAACACUGCUUGUCAGUGAAAUUGUAGGAAAGUGAGGCUGCUAUGUGUAUGCAUUUCCUGAGUUUUAUUGCUGUACCUACAUUUACAUCUGUGUAUAGUAAAGCAGGGCAUGUCUAAAGGGAGCUGUUAGCAGUGUAGGUUGCAAACACAUGGUGGCUCGAUCAAAGUGUCUGAAAUCAUUUCUUCAAAUGAAAACCAUCCAUGGUAUAUGCCUUUCACCCAACUCUUGUGUUUUCCUCAGCAUUUGGCAGAGAGAAGAGUGUACCACUGAAUAACCUAAACAUGGACCAAGUUGCCAAAGCCUUGGAGAAUGUUGUUAACAGCAAAGCAUAAGGAAAACAAAUGGCAACUGAAUUUGAGUCUAAUUCCAGAUGUAGAUCACUUCUAUGUGUAACUUGCAUAAAAAAGAAUUCAACUUAGAAAAUAAAGCUUAAGUAUCUUGUUUAAGCCAAGAUAGUCCCCUGUAAGUUGAUUCUUUUCACUAUUGUUAAUCUUUGCACAACCAGUGGUAGGCUAAAGAACAGUUUAGAGAACAGUAAACAUCACAGAAUAAGGCUUCUCUAGAAGUGCCAGGGAUAUUUACUUUUACCACUCUUCAGAAAAACAAGAAAGUGUUCUGUUCACAGGCUUGUUAGUAACAAGCCAGCAUGGCUGCUUUGUAUGUAUCACUGUCAACUUUGUAAGGAAGUAGACGGUAGAUUUUCAGCUGAAGCACGAAGGGGACAAUUCUGGGGGAGAGCGGUCAGCUCUUUGGCAGUCCAAAUGAGCACUUUGACCCGUUCUUGCAGCUGUAGUUUAUCCUGAUGCUGCUCUAGGGCCUGUAGUCCUGACUGACCUACAAAAUCAGCGGCAGCCUGGGGCAAAAGAGAAGACCAAAGUUAGUUCUGAGCUUGCUCAUGACUCUUGAGCCUUCAGAAAAUACAGGAACAACAGAUAGCCAAAUACCUCUGGCCAAUGAUGGAAGAGGAGAUGCAGUAGUUCAAGAUCUUGAGCCACGACUUUGUCAUCAGGAAGGGCAAGGAUGCUAAUGAGGGGGAAGAGUACAGCCUUCUGAUGCUGUGCCUGGCAGUAGGCAGAGCCCUUAGCAGCUAUGUUGCACAGCACUGUCAGAACCUGAAGACGACACCAAAAGGCUAAGGUUAGGAUUCUGCCACUCUAAUCUUUACAGUAGUAUCAAGGAACUUCUGUGGCCUUAAAUAUCUGGCACUGAUUGCUUGCCUGUUUGCUUUUCACUGCCUCCUCUUUGAAGAUUCAGGAAGUUGUACCAGCUAGUGACAUACCUAGAACUUCCUAUAUUGUUGAACUGGUGCUCAGUAUAUGUAGCCUGCUCAGUUCCCUUAGCUGAUGCAUCUCUCUUAAUUUCAACUGGGCUGGAAGCAAGAAGGGCACCCUCAAGCAAAAUGAAGGUUUCCACAUAGCUAGUGGAACCCUGAGGAAUACUAGCAUGGCUUGGGACCCAACUACCUUCCCCAGUACCAACCACCUUGGACCCUACAAUCAGCAGAUGAGGGCUGCCUAGCUGGCAUUGACCUGUUCCUGGUGAAGUGCAUUUGUCUCCCUCACCAUUGACAUUCAGGAAGAGUUUAAAAACAUUACUGUUUAGCCAAGCUUUUGAUGGCUGAAAGAUACUGCUCCUGGCAAACCUUGAAAUCACUGGCUGAGAAAAUGCUUAAUUGCUUUUAGAAUGCUUCCUCCCUUUGAGGGGAAAGGCAGUAUAUAAAUUAAAUAAACUCCCUAGCCUCUAAAACCCCUUGGAAAACUGGUGUAUUACAGAACCAAAAGACAAAAACUGACCAAACAGCAAAUAAAAGUUGUGCUAAGAAGAAUUUUAAGUACAGAAUGAAUCUCAUCGCCAUUGACAAAUCCAGUAUUUAUAAAUUAGUAUUUUGAUUCUACUAAAUACCCUUUUAAAUGUGUUUAUGGGAGAGGGGAGGGAGGUUAUUGCAUUUGGUUUGUGGUAUUUUUUCCCUUGUUUUUAUUAUGUAUUUUGCAUUUUUCUCUCCUAUUUUUAUGUUGUGAACCACUUUGAGAUCUAAGGAUGAAGGAUGGUAUACAAAUUGAACAAAUAAUAAAGUAAGAAUAAUUU